AUGGCAGCAAACAGCACUUUUGUGAGUUUUGAUGGUGGCAUUCAACGACUUGAAGGUGAAGACACCAAACUAAUCAUACCAGCUGUUCUCAGCACAAUCAGCGGGAUUGGCAUUGGUGGAAAUCUUUUGGUUCUCGUGGUACUAAUCUACGUUUUCGCCAGCCAGAGUGCAUCCGAGGCAUACGUCAUGCUCGCCAAUUUGAGCGCAACUGAUCUGUUGAUACUUUCUUUGUGCGCUCCUGUACGCGCAAUCACAUAUUACAAGCAAACGUGGACACUCGGGAUACUGGCUUGCAGAACUACUGAAUGGAUCCAACACAGCUGUCUGGCGGUCAAAGCUUUCACAUUGCUUGCAACGAGUCAAGCGCGCCAUAGCUUCUCCAGGAAUCCAGAAGACCAACUGAACUUUCGUCAGAAGAAUGUUGUGAUAACCCUAGCCCUCAUAUGGACCCUCGCGCUAUUGUUUCCGGUUCCUGACAUCCUUUUCUCUAGGUUAAAGGAAGAGGGAAACAUCAGUCUCUGUAUCUCUGAACGUACCUUCAACUCCCAAGAUGCAAUGCGAAUAUUCCAUAAGUUGCUGCCAUUAGGCAUCUACGUUCUUCCGGUCAUCCUCUCUGCUGUGAGCCACAUUAGGAACAUCUUCCUCAUCAAACCAAGUUCAAAUGACGAAGCUUUUUUUUCACGCCAGUAUGAGAAUUCCUUAAUGUAUUUAAGCAUCAUUGCCAUCAACACGCUCCUGAUGCUUCCCGAAUGGGUGUCUUGGGUAUGGAUGCGUCAUAAAUCUAGUGAAAGCUGCAAACCUUCAGCUGCUUUGCUGAUUUUCGCUCAGGUGUGCGUUUAUUUGAGCAGUGCCGUCUUUCCUGCUGUUCUUCUCACCAUGUAUGUUCCACUCAGAGAGAGUCUUGGGAAUCUGUGCUCUUUGUUGGCUUGUCGACAGAGUAAACACAGGCUUAGGAAUGUCAAUGAGAUGCGCAUGGUGGUCAUGAAAGUGCUGGAUGAACGGGCAUGUGCAACUUUAUCAGACAAGCAUUCAGAUGCAUCCUGUCAAACUCUUCCAGAUCUGGAGCAUUUUUGGAGCGAACGGCGAAACACUACGGUUGCUGAGGAUAGUGACCCAUUACCAUGGGAGAGACUUGUUCAAAGCAAGGUUGAACUCCAGCCCUUGACGUCUGUUGUACCCCUGCUGGAAAAUCCAGUUUAA